AUGCCGAAGCGCAAGAGGACUACCGCCAAGGCGCGCGCUACCGCCGCUCCUGCGGACCCUUCACCGCGCCGCACUCGCUCGCGCGGCAAGCGCAAGCCCGCCCCGCCGCCCUCCCCGUCGCCCUCGCCGCCGCCGGCUGAUGAUGGCUCGGAGGAUGCGAGCUGGGCUGGCAACUCCGGGGAGGCCGGCUCGGCUGUCGUCUCGGCUGCCAGCCCGGCUCCGGCCUCGCCUGCUGUCUCUGGCUCGGCUUCGGGCUCCGACGUGGAGAGCUCCAACAAGCAUAGAGUCCAGCAGCUGUUGGCGGCGCUGAAUGCUUCGGAGAGCGGGUCGGAGAGCGAGUCGGACAGCUCCGACUCGUCAGACGUCUCUGGGGCGGGCGCUGCUGCUGCUGCCGCCGCCACCGCUGCUGCAGCGGCUGCACAGUUUACAGAGCUUCCCAGCGACGAUGACUUUAUGCUCGAUGUUAAUCCCGAGGAUGAGGUCCAGCCGUCAGAGGUUGUGGCGCCAGCGGGCGACCCGGCCGCCGUGGCGGGCGGCGAUGGCAACAACUCGGACUCGGACGCUGCGCUAGAGACGUUCCUCUUUGGCGCACCGACCGUGUCUGCGGCAGCUGAGGCGGCCAAGCGCGCCGUGGCGCUCGGCGGCCUCCUGACGGGCUCCGCUGCUGUGGCGUCGUCGUCGGAUGCCGAGUCGGACGAGGACUCGUGCGCCGAGUCGGACGACGACGGAGCGUCGUCCUCAUCAUCGUCGUCGUCGUCGUCGUCGUCGUCCUCUUCUGUUGUGGGCGACGAGGACCGUCCACGCAAGCGGCGCAAGCCGGCGUGGCACGACCCGGACGACGCGCGUGUGAGCGUCGACCUCUCGGGCGUCUCGCGGCUCCGGAAGCUGCGGGUCGACGAGGACGAGACCGUGGUGUCCGGCGUCGAGUACACGCGGCGGCUGCGGGAGCGGUACGCUGAAACGCUGGCCAUCAACGCGCGGCAAGCGACGUCUGCGCGCGGGACCGAGGUCCACUCGAGCGCGCUGAGCGGCGCUUCUGGGUACGUGCCCAAGUGGGCGCGGCUGCCGGAGGAGGCUGCGGGCGAGACCGGCCCGGCCAAGGGCUCGCUGGACGCACUCGUUGCUUCGUCGUCGGCGGCGGUGCUCAAGGCUUCGGGCCGGAUCCUGGCUGGCAACGGGGCGCAGACCAAGCUCCCAUCUGGGCUCAUCUCGGUCUCCCAAAAGACCGACCUCAACAAGCAGGCUCCGUCGGACGCCGUGGCCAGGUGCCUCGAGUUCCAUCCGUCAGGCCAUGUGGCGCUCACCGCCGGCCUGGACAAGACACUGCGGUUGUUCCAGGUCGACGGACGGGUCAACUCGCUCAUCCACUCGGUCCACGUGGCCGACCUGCCGAUCCGCUCGGCCUCGUUUGUUGGUGACGGAGCGUCGGUCGUUCUCUCGGGCCGGCGCAAGUUCUUCUACGUUUAUGACGUCGAGACCGGCGAGGCGACCCAGACCCGCGGCGUGCUCGACCGCCGCGAGCGCUCGCUCGAGUCGUGCGUCGUCUCGCCCGACGGCAAGACACUCGCCUUUCUGGGCAAGGGCGGCAAUGUGCUGCUUGUCUCGGCCACCACCCACCAGUGGAUCGGCUCGCUCAAGAUGAACGGCCACGUCAAGUGCGCGGCGUUUACUCCCGACUCGACUCGCCUCCUCACCGCCGGAGCGUCGAGCAAGGUCUUCAUUUGGUCUGUUGGCGAGCGGCGCGUCGAGCACUCGUUCACCGACAUGGGCUCGUACAACAACCUCUCCAUGGACAUCUCGGCCUCGGGCUCGCUGCUUGCGCUCGGCUCCGACUCGGGCGUCGUCAACAUGUACGAGCUCAACAACGAGCUGCUCGCCACCUCGCGCCCGACGCCGCUCAAGUCCAUCUACAACCUCACGACCCACAUCGACUCGGUCAAGUUUCACCCGUCGUCGCAAAUUCUGGCCAUGGCCUCGGCCAAGAAGAAGGCAGCCCUCCGCCUUCUCCACGUCCCCUCGCUCUCGGUCUUCUCCAACUUUCCGGCCCAGCAGGCGCGCCGCCUCGGCACGCCGCACGCCCUCGCCUUCUCGCCGCACGGCGCAUACAUGGCCGUCGGCACGGCUUCUGGCCGCGUCCCGCUCUGGCAGCUCAACCACUUCCCGAACGCCUAAACGCGCCCGGGGCUCCCUC